AUGGUCCUUUUCUUCACAUCUACAGCCGUCAGCCCCCCGGUUACCAUCUACAUGGGCCGGGACAAGGUCGAGAACGAGGAACUGCUCAAAUACGGUCUCCCAACUGAUGUGUGGUUCCACGUCGACAAGCUCUCGUCCGCACACGUCUACCUGCGCCAGUCCGAGGGCGAGCCACACGGCGAUUGGGACAACCUCCCUGCCGCACUGAUCAACGAUGCUGCCCAGCUCGUAAAGGCAAACAGUAUUGAGGGUAACAAGAAGGAUAACAUUACGGUUAUCUGGACCCCGUUCACCAACCUCAAGAAAACCGGUGACAUGGCAGUGGGACAGGUCUCUUUCCACGCGGACAAGAAGGUCAAGCGGGUAAAGGUCGUGACCCGCGACAAUGUAGUUGUCAACCGCCUGAACAAGACCAAGGUCGAGAAGGAGGUGGACCACGAGUCGGAGCGCCAGGAGCGUCUGCGUGCCGAGGGCCGCAAGAAGAAGGCUUCAGCCAUUGAGCAGCAACGCGUCGCCGACGAGCAGAAGAAGAAGUGGGCCGAGGAAAAGUCGGCGCGCACAUACGAGGGCAUGUUCACUGAAGAGGCCAUUGAGGGGGCAAGGGAGGAGUGGAGUGACGACGAUUUUAUGUAA